AUGGCUACUACUGUGGAAAUAGAACAUGCCAUUGCUCUGACCAACUCGGCAACUAAUCCAGAAGCAAGCAAUGAUGAGGUUGAAUACAGCAAUGCCCAUGGAGACAACAAUAGUGAGAUUUCCAUAGCCACUGGCAUUGGUGGUGGCAGCGGCGGCGAGCAAGACUCCAUGGAUGAUUCAUCCAGGAGGGUUUUGUUAGUUGAUAGCACUGAGGAUGAUUUUGAUUUCUUCUGGAAACUACGGAAGUAUUUGGUACUACUUGGAAGCUUGGCUGUCGGUGUGACAUACAAUUCUGGAUUAACACCACCUGGCGGAUUUUGGAACAAAAAUUUGGAUAGCCAUGAAGCUGGUGACCCUGCCCUUCGUGCUGAAUUCUACCAGCGGUAUGAGGUAUUCUUUUAUUGCAAUGCAACAGCCUUUGCUGCAUCUCUUGUCUUAAUCAUCUUGCUUCUAAGCAAGAGUGUGACCAGGCAGGAGUUAUGGCUCCGUUCCAUGCAAUUUACUAUGCUAGUGGACCUAUUCAGUCUUAUUGGGGCCUAUGCUGCCGGGAGCUGCAGGGCACUUAAGUCAUCCAUCUACACAUUGAUUCUAGUCAUUACUCUUUUUGGAUAUAUUUCGAUUCACAUCCUAGUAUCCACAAGGAUUGUUACAGAAACAUUGAAAAAGAAGAUGAAGACAAGGGUGGAUAAAAUUCUAUCCAAAUUGGGUAUUCUUGAUGUGCAACCUAGUAGUCGUCAAGAAAAAAAAGACCUUGAGGAGGCUCGCAAGUUUAUUCUGAUGCUUGUAACUUUUGCAGCUACUGUCACAUACCAAGCAGGGUUGACUCCACCAGGUGGCUUUUGGGCUGAAAAUGAUUACAAGCACCGUCCAGCUACUCCUGUUCUUCGCAGUCACUACCUGCGCCGUUAUAAUAUGUUUAUCAGUUGCAAUUCGACCUCCUUUGUGGCAUCUUUGGUUACAAUCAUACUACUUCUGAGCCCAGAAUUGAGCAGGCAUGGAAUAAGGUCAAAAGCAGUAGUUGUUUGUGUGGUAGCUGACCUGUUCUGCCUGAUUGGUGCUUAUGCUGCUGGAUGCUGUAGGGAUGUAGCAACAUCAUUCUAUGUUAUGUUUAUCAUCAUCAUAGUUUUGAUCUGCAUUGGCUUUUUAACUGGGAUCUUUGCUUAUGAACCUGUAGCAGAAUGGCUACAAAAGAUCAAAUCAAGCACUGUAAGGUGCAUGAGUGUACUGCUCUCAUCAAAAUUUAAUAGUAUCAGAUCGAGCAAUGCAGAUCAGGAGGGUUCUAAUGCAAGUUAUCAGCAACCUUCAGUCCAUGAUCCUGGUGCACCGGCAGCAGAACCAGAAAAUCAGUCUGCAGAUCAGGAUGUUUCAAAUACUGAGUCCUCUGUGAAGUAUCUACCUGAAGACAAACAGAAAGCAGAAAAUAGUGAGGAAUCAAACUCUUGGCAUACAUCAGCCAAUGGUCCAGAGUUGGCAAAUACCAAGGAUCUUGUGCCCAAUCUGGAGCAUGAAUUUACAGACUGCCAACUAGUUGCAAACAUGAAAUCUCUGCCCAGCACAGAGCCUCCAUCACUGAGCUGCCAGGGAACAUCAGAUAGCAAUAGUCUGUCUGCAGAUAGACGGCAAGCUACAGGUAUGAAGGAGAAAUCUUCAACUGAUGAUGUCAGGACGACUGAUAGGCCUUUAGCUGGUGAGUAUAAUGGAGCCACUAAUGAUCUCAUGGAGGAUUGUAUUGUGGAAUCUGCAGAAGAGCAAACUUCAAUUGGAUGUAGUAAUGGUGAAAUUGAAAAUGGUGGUGUUAAUAAUAAUGCAGAACAUGGGACUCGUAUAGACAACAAUCAAGGAGGAGCAAAUCAAAAUUCUCAUGGAAAUUCAACUGAGGAUCAUCUGGAGAAGGCCCGCACAUAUCUGCUUCUUCUUGCUAUUCUUGCAGUGUCUCUGACAUAUCAAUCUGGUCUGAAUCCACCAGGUGGCUUCUGGUCAAAAAGGGAGAAGAAUCAUUCAGCUGGUGAUCGCAUCCUUGAGGACACUGACCAUCCACGCUUCAUUGCAUUCUUCUAUCUCAACGCAGUUGCAUUUGUGACAUCUAUUGUCAUCAUUGUUAUGCUCCUGGACAAGAGUAUGAGCAGGAAGGUUACAAAACGUCGUGUAUUGCAGCUAGCUAUGAUAGUGGACUUACUUUCCUUAACUGGGGCCUUUGUCACAGGAAGCUGCAGAGAGCUUACGAAGUCCAUUUCCAUAUCAGUGUUGUUGUUUGUUGUGCUUGCUUAUGUUGCUCUUCAUGUUUUGGUAGCGAUUCAUGUAAUCCCUCCAAAGUUCAAAAAGCUGGUUUCAGAUAAAAUAAACCAGUUCUCGUGUGGAAAUGUGUGGCCAGUUCGGCCUCAGUUAUGCCACAAGCAGACAAGGAAUACAACUGAGACAAAGGAAUUGGAACGGAGGCGUAAUCUACUAUUGACACUUGCUAUUGUAGCUGCAACUGUAACAUACCAAGCUGGUAUCAACCCUCCAGGCAGUGUAUGGUCUGAUGAUAAAGGAGCCAGUGGCAAACCAGGACAUCCAAUCCUUCAGGACAACCAUCAGAGGCGAUAUGAUGUGUUCUACUACUCAAAUUCAAUCUCAUUUGUGUCAUCUGUUGCUAUCACAAUACUUCUUGUGAAUAAGGAAUCCUGUGAGCAUGGAAUCAAAUCUUAUGCACUGAGAGUGUGUUUGGUGGUGGGUUUACUUGGCCUCUUGAUUGCUUAUACUGCAGGAAGCUGCAGGUACAGAAAGCAAUCCAUCUUUGUCAUUGUCAUUGCUGUGGCCGUUCUAAUAUCCCUUGUGAUUCAAGUCCUACUAUCUUCAAUGUAUAAAAUGCUACGAAGACCAUUGGCCAAAGUUAUGGAAUGUCUGCAGCAACUUAUGGAAUAUCUGCAGAGGUGGGUUUUCCGUACUGAGAAGGUUAGGCGAGAGAUUACUUCUGAGUCACUGGAAACUAAAGAUUUUGAUGAAAAAAAAGCAAGGAAGAGGCACAAAUAUCUCAUGCUUAUUGCCAUUUUAGCAGCCUCUGUCACGUACCAAGCUGGUCUGAACCCACCUGGUGGCUUCUGGUCUGAUGACAAACACGGGUUACACGGCCAUUUUGCAGGCGAUCCACUCCUUCAUGAUAUUAAUCACCGACGCUACAAGACAUUCUUCUGCUUCAAUGCUAUCUCCUUCAUGGCAUCUAUUGUUGUCAUAAUGCUUCUGCUGAGUAAAUCUAUUAGGAAGAAAGCUGUACCACUUGAGGUAUUGCUCUUGAUUAUGAUACUGGACCUGCUGUCUCUCAUGACAGCUUUUGCUGCGGGAAGCUGCAGGAGACUUAGUACUUCGAUCUAUGUAUUUGUGCUAGUUGCUGGCGUCGUGAUAUAUCUUGUGUUCCUUAUUGUUUUGUCGAGAGCCAUUGGAAAACGUCUCGGAAAGUGGAAGAGAAGCGGGAUUUUCUGCUCAAGAUGUACUGUUCGUGUUUCAGGCACAAACACAAGGGUACAAAGAGAGCAAGUUUGA